AUGGAGCCUUCAGUCAGCGACUUCAAGCUCGUCGGACUGGCGGCGGGUUUCACACUGGGGUUCGGGUUUCUCACCGUCUGGAAUGCAAUAAAGCAGACGUCGGAAAUUGAAAAGCCCUACAAGAGCCCUUUCGUCAUCCUUAUCUGGAUUGAGAUCCUGUCUAAUGUGGUAAUUGGAGUAAUGGGGUGGCUUGUGCUGGAGGGAAUUGUACCGGUCAUCGCACCUGUACUGGCUCUUCUACUAUUCUGCUGGGCUCUUGAAAUCCAAUGUUGUAUGCAGGUUAUCAUUAACCGCAUCUACGUGGUGGUGGAAAAGAAGAAGACCGCAAGAAGGGUCAAAUGGGGCACUGCUUGCCUUAUAACAGCCAUCAAUGUCGCCGUGUUCUGCAUAUGGAUUCCAGCACAUAUGACACCCCCAGUCAAUCAUACCUUUGUCCUCAUUAAUCGCUACUGGGACCCAAUUUCCAAAUUACUAAUAUGCGUCGUGGAUGCGUGUCUGAACGUUUGGUUCCUACGAGUUGUGCGUGUGCGACUGGUUCGGCAAAACGGACUAAAAAAAUACGGGCCCUUAGUUCGCUUCAACAUGCGAAUGAUGUUCAUUUCCGUCCUGAUGGACGCUAUUCUCAUUGGGCUCAUGUUCCUGCCCAACCCAAUGGUUUACAUCCAGUUCCAUCCGGUCACGUAUAUCGUGAAGCUUAACAUUGAGUUGAAAAUGGCUUCGCUCAUCCGCAAGCUUUCGCGGGACAGUAACCUGAACAACGAAAUCCAUGAGGCAUCAAUGAAUCUGCCAAACCGAUUCCAAUCGCAGGGUCAUUAUAUCAAGUGCGAUGAUGAGGUUAUGGAAAAGAGGAAUUUGAGACAUAUGCAGUUCGCCCAGCUACGGCAGCACGGGUUUGAGAGCGAAGACAUGAAAAUCAUGAAGACAACUAGUGUUCGCGUGGUAAAAAGCCCAAGACCGUUUGUCCAGGACAACCUGCCGCCGCUGCCACCUCUGCCAAAGGAUGGGCGGUGA